AUGUGGAUUUAUUUUGAUAUUACAGAAUUACCAGUUCUGGUGGGGGAAAAAGAUAGAAGAAUAUGGGCCAAAGAUAAAGUUGGGAAUUUCUCUGUUGCAAAUGCCGUGCAAAUGAUCAGAAAAAAGUAUGAAAAGGUAUCAUGGACUAAACAGGUAUGGCAACCUUGUAUUCACCCAUACACAUCUACAAAUCUACGGAAAAUACUAAGGGGUGCAUGUGCAACUGAAGAAACAGUAAGGAAGAAAGUUUUCUCCACAGUAUCUAAAUGUUAUUUGUGUGGUAAAGAUCAGGAUACAAUGGACCAUAUUUUAUGGCAUUGUAAUUUCAGUAAAGCAGUAUGGCAUUGGCUGUGUGGUGUAUUCUAUUGUCCAGUUCCCAUAAAUUUUGAAGAAAUCUUAUCUUUUGCUAAACAGAAAAACCCUGCAGUCAAAGAGGUAUGGUAUAUUUGUGCUUUCAAUGUCAUGGUUGAGUUGUGGUUAACAAGAAACUCUGUUCUUCAUGAAGAUGCAACUCCAUCAGUGGACAAGAUUAAAAGAAGAAUUGCAGGAAUAGCAAAAGAAGGCAAAUUUAGAAUGAAAGGCAGAAGAUGGGGUACAAUGUAUGAUCUUCAUAUAUUGUUAUUCUUUGAAAUAUCAGGCAUUCCAGUUCAUGUGACCAGUUCUAAACAAGUUUUCUUUAAAUACCCUGCUCAGCAUCAAAUUUUAAUCUGUUGUGAUGGUGCAUCCAAAUGGAAUCCAGGUCUAGAUGGUAUUGGAUUUAUUGCAAGAAACCAUGAUGGAGAUUACAUGGGAGCUGCUUCAGGUGGAUUAGGGAUUGCAACAAAUUAUUUGGAAGAAGUCAUGGCAUUGAUUGUUGCAGGUGAGUGGGCUAUCACAAAACAAUAG